AACAGCAAGCGCUCACUAAACUGUUGAGUCUGCUGAACGCAGCCAAUGUUCUGACUAUUACGUAAACACACAGAUGCAGGAAAGCUAUUUUCCUUGCUUCAAAAUUUCUCCGGGUGACUGAGAGCGUAAAUAAUAAUUUAAAAAAUCGGAGCACUAUUUAUUGUUGGUACAUCAUGCUAGACCACGAUAAUAUCGUUUGGAUGAAAUGGGGUACACCCUUCUUUAGGGGGCCCUUCACAGAUCUUUUCCUCCAUGUACGCAAUGUUCAGUGUAUGAAAGAGUGUGCACCAUAUGAACUGAUGUUUAUGGACUGCAUGGAGGCGUACGGGUAUCACAAGGGCAAAGAAAAGUGCAGACUGAUACUUGAUGACAUGUUUGAAUGUAUAUAUAAGAACAAGAGAAUACUGCGCGUCUACAAAAUGGAAGAGGAGCGACAGCGUCAGUUUAAGAGUGGCGAGAGAAAGAAUCGCUAUGAGGAAACUCCACCACUCGAUCUGUAUUAGAUCGUUUUCCUUUUUCCUCAAGAAAAUGCAUAGUUUAUGUAUAAAUGUAUUGGACUAAAAAGAUUAAUUUGAUAGAUGACAAAAGAACUUUUAUCUAAAGAAAACCUAUCGCAUCAAUUUAUUUGCUUGAAAACUUGUCUCCCUGGAAUGUUUCAUCAGUGAAGUACAUUUAAGAAUCACGAUCUGUUAUCUUUUCCAACAAUCUGUUAACCAUGUUCAUUUGUAUCAAUGUAGAUUAAUUUUAAUCUUGAUUUAACUUAUUUGUUAUUUUUCUUAAAUUCUAAGAAUAAAAAGAAAGAUAAAGGAUAAGUUAAACUGGGAUUGAACUUAAUGUAAAUUGAUAGAAAUACACAUAAAAAAACUCAGUAAUAAAACAUUGAUUUUAAUUCACAUAAAAAAACUGCGAUAAGAAUGUCAUUCGGAAUAUCUGGCAGAUAUUCGAUUUAUAAAAAGAUAUGUUGUAGUAUAUAAAUAUUAUUAAUAAACAAUAAGAAUGGCUCGUGUAUAUUUAAACAAAUAUGAAAUAAAACAAGAUCAUUAAG